UAAACUCGCAAGUGGAGUGACAACUUAACUAUUCAUUUGUGUUUGAAAUAGUUGAUGAAACUAAGACAAAUUGUUGUGACAUGUUAAAUAAUACUUGGUCUUUUUCGUAUGGUGAUUCGAUUUCCAAGGAUCAAGGAACUAAGUAUAUACAUGGUAUUUUAGAUGAUUACUUCGACACAACGCAGUAUUAUUUUCCGAAUGAAAUUUGGGAAGUGCGGCCAGCAUGGGAAGUGACUCUCAAAGUAGCAACUAUGAUUCCUGUGAUUGUUUUGGGAUUAGUCGGUAACAUUAGCCUUAUGUACGUGAUAAUACGCACACCCACUUUGCGUACAACAACGAAUAUUCUUAUUGCAAAUAUGGCAUUGGCUGAUUUUGGGACAACACUGUUCUGCCCGUGGAUGUUUCUUUGUUUCGACCUAUUUCAAAAUUAUAUUUUCGGGUCGAUUGGUUGUCACCUAGAUGGAUUACUCUCGCAUGCUUUAACACUGGUCGCUGUAUUCAGUUUGAGUGCUGUGAGCUAUGACCGGGUGUCUCUUAUCGUGCUGAGCACUUCGAGGAAGCUAUCGAAAAGGACAACUUAUAUAUUGUUGUGUACUACUUGGGUGGCAGGACUAGUCGUUGCAGCACCAUUGGCUUUUUUUCGCCAGUAUCGGACGCGUCAGUGGAUUGAUUACUUGGAGUCUUAUUGCACUGAAAACUCGUUGUAUCUUGCAUCUUACUGGGGUAUCUUUGUUUGUGUCAGUGUUUGGGCUCCUUUGACCAUUAUGGCCGUGUGCCAUACAGCCAUUCUAAUAAAACUGGAUAGAUAUGAAAGACUUGUUCGAAAAAGUAAGCAUCCCAUUCAAGUCAAGUACAAAAGAAAAGUAGCCAGGAUACUAGCCUUACUUGUAUUAGUAUUUAUAAUAUGUCGAGUACCAUUCACAAUGCUAAUCCUGCAGCGAAAUCAGCUUUUACAGCACCCAGCGCAGCAGCAACAAGCAGAUUCAAUUUAUAUAUUAUGGUACACAAGUCGUUAUUUGGUACUACUCAAUGCAGCUCUAAAUCCCAUUCUGUAUGGCUGCAGCAACAGGUCUCUGAGACAAGCUUUAGCAUCGUGCGCCGGCAUAUCUUGGAUCUUACGAAACGGAAAAGUAAAUUUCGCGAGGAAAUCUAGCAUUAUACGGAGUGUCCCUAAUCAGCGGGACAUUCUAAAACCACACUCACCCAGCUUCCAUCCGGAUAAUCAGCACGGAGCCCUUCCUAACAUUUCUUCAAUAAUUUCGCCAAUCGCUUACACCACCGUAUUUUAAACACUAUAAACAUUGCAAUCGAUGGUUAUUUUAUGAUAUUGAUAGUAGUAUUGAGGUAAUAAUUAUCAGACCUGGUCAUUUUAUCACUGACAAUGAGUGAAAUACAUGUACAGGUAGACCAAGAUUUGUUGUAUCAAUACAUUUGGCAAACUUUAAGUUACACUUUCAUUGCAAUUCCAAAUUAUAUAUA